GGCUCUUGAGUGUCUACGUCAAUCUUAGGGCGACAUAGAGCAGCAGGGAGUUGAUCGCGAUGAAGUUUGGUGUCUAUGUGCCCUCGUUAUAACUUCCGUUACUAAUUAUUUACAAUAUCCCACCGUGUUUGUACCCAUACAGGGGAUAGAUAUCUCCUCGUACCUACCCGUUACGUCCUCUUUGCUGGGCCCUGACUCUCCUCGUCUCCUGUGCCUCCAACUCUUAACUUUUUGGAGCCAAGUCCUUGGUGCAGAACUUUUGGGAUACUGGAGAUCGAACGAAGUGAUAGCUGACAAAUUUGCGUAACUGCAAGAGUACUUGGCGAGUGCUGGUCUAUGGUAUAUGACUACAUGUACCCAUCACAAACUUCAUACAACAUCGCGACGAAUUAUUAUACUAUGUAUAUGUACCUACACCGGUGAUUUGUCUCUCCACUACGCGGGGGACCUUGGCGAACAAUUUUAAUACAUAUUUUCAGGCUCCCUGGAGCCGUAACGAGCAAAAGUUUUUUUAUAAUAAUCAAAAUUGCGUUACAGAAAGUGACUGAAGCAAUUUUGCAUUGCCCAUGCUGUAACGCAUAUCAUGCUUCGCUAUACCUAAUGUAAGCUAGGUAGAUAUUAAAUUUUGGCGGACUCAACAAAAAGACUAGGCAAGUGAUACAAGAUUCUUAUGCAACUCUUGUUAACGAACACUUAUAUAUUAUUCUGUGAACAGCAACAUGCAGUGAUAAAAAUGCGACGUGAACAUGGUGGCCAAACUAAGCUAAAGACGAAUUAACCGCAAAAGUAAUUGCAUGUAAAAUAAUAUAAUGCAGAUUUUAUCUCUAUCUUCUACAAAGUGACAUGCUUUUCAAAAGCUGCUCUUCCUAAGUAAUUGGAAGGUAGUAAAGAGGAGGAAAUAUUCAGACGUAACCGAUAAACGACAUAUGGAAUUCUGCUUUUAUAUGUCAUAACAUAGUGAAAAUACUCCAAAUUACAACACAAUGACAGACACAAGGAGGAGAGUUAAACUCUACGCGCUCAAUGCUGAUCGGCAGUGGGAUGAUCGUGGAACUGGACAUGUCUCAUCUUCCUACGUUGACAGACUUAAGGGGAUCUCGCUUCUUGUCCGAGCAGAAAGCGAUGGCUCUCUGUUACUUGAGAGUAAGAUUCAACCAGACACUGCUUAUCAAAAACAACAGGAUACUCUGAUAGUUUGGUCAGAGGGUGACAACUUUGAUCUGGCAUUGAGCUUUCAGGAGAAAGCAGGCUGUGAUGAAAUAUGGGAGAAAAUAUGUCAGGUCCAAGGAAAGGACCCAUCUGUAGAAAUAACGCAAGACAUAGUUGAGGAGUCUGAAGAUGAGAGGUUUGAUGAUAUGUCAGAUUCAGCUCCCCCGAUAGAGCUGCCUCCUUGCGAGCUCGGUCGAUUAGAAGAUAUAAAUGAAUUAAUCGGUAACUGCCUCACCUCGCCAAUACGAAAAGAAAAAUUGGCAAUGGCUCUAGAAUCCGAAAGUUACAUAAAAAAAUUGCUAAACUUAUUUCACACAUGUGAAGACCUGGAGAACAUAGAAGGAUUGCAUUAUCUCUACGAUAUAUUCAAAAAUAUAUUUUUGCUAAAUAAAAAUGCACUUUUCGAAGUCAUGUUUGGCGACGAUACGAUAUUUGAUGUUGUUGGGUGCCUCGAGUAUGAACCAACCUUACAGCAGCCCAAGAGACACCGAGAAUAUCUACGACAGCUAGCCAGAUUCAAGCAGGCCAUUCCAAUAACGAAUGCCGAAUUGCUUGCCAAGAUACAUCAGACUUAUCGAGUACAGUACAUCCAAGAUGUAGUUCUACCGACGCCCAGCGUGUUCGAGGACAACAUGCUUAGCACAUUGAGCAGUUUCAUAUUCUUCAACAAAGUUGAAAUUGUCACUCUGAUUCAAGACGAUGAAAAAUUUCUAACAGAAUUAUUCAGUCAGCUGACAGAUGAAGCAACUUCCGAUGUGAAAAGACGGGAUCUGGUCCUGUUUUUGAAAGAGUUCUGUAAUUUCUCACAGAACCUCCAACCACAAGGAAAAGAAGUUUUUUACAAAACCUUGACUGCCCUUGGAAUCCUUCCCGCACUUGAAAUCACUCUCGGCAUUAAUGACGCUUCCACAAAGACCGCGAGCAUUGAUAUUCUUACUUAUAUCGUCGAAUAUUCACCCAGCGUAGUACGCGACUAUACUCUCCAACAAAUAAACAACACCGAGCAAGAUCAGAUGCUGAUCAAUGUUGUUGUUGCUCAGCUUGUUGGAGACGGUGACCCAGAACUUGGCGGUGCUGUUCAGCUCGCAGGAGUCUUGCGCUUACUAUUGGAUCCAGAAAAUAUGUUAGCGUCUGUUAAUAAGUCUGAAAAAACUGACUUUCUCAACUAUUUUUACAAGAAUAGUAUUUGCACUCUUAUUGCCCCAUUAUUAGCCAACACAAUUGGGGAAAGACCGGCAAGGGAGGAUUAUAGAACGGUCCAACUGUUAGGACUUAUAUUGGAACUGCUUUCAUUCUGCGUCGAGCAUCACACUUAUCAUAUCAAGAAUUGCAUUUUAAAUAAGGAUUUACUCAGAAGAAUACUUGUACUCAUGAAAUCUACGCAUACUUUUCUUGUUCUCUGCGCUCUCAGGUUUAUGCGUAAAAUCAUCGCGCUCAAGGACGAGUUUUACAACAGAUACAUAAUCAAGGGAAAUCUAUUCGCACCUGUCUUUGACGCUUUUGUCAGAAAUAAUGGGAGGUAUAACUUACUGGACUCUGCCAUUCUUGAAAUGUUCGAGUUUAUCAAACUGGAGGACAUUAAAUCGUUGUGUUCGCACGUGGUGGAGAACUUUUCCAAGGAAUUAGAAGCCAUCGAUUACGUACAAACAUUCAAGGCGCUGAAGCUAAGAUAUGAACAGCAUCAGGAUAAACUCAAGGACCGCGACAGAGGGGCGCUCGAUAGCGUCCCAUCAAUACUGAGAAACAGCCGAUAUCGCCGGGACCAGCGCCAACUGGACGAGGAGGAGGAAAUGUGGUUCAACGAGGAAGAAGACUUUGACGAAGGUGAAGCAGUUGUGCCUGCUGCGGCCGCAGAUCUUGCACCGCCUCCUUCAGCCAAGAAACCACCCUCGACCCCUAAUCCAGCUUUAAAUACAUCGCCAACAGAUUCAAAGAGCCAACAGCAACAACAACAGCAGCAGCAGCAACAACAACAGCAGCAGCAGCAGCAACAACAACAACAACAACAACAACAACAACAACAACAACAACAACAGCAAAUCAUUCUCAACAACAACGUGACGACACAACAACCACAAGUUACCGGUAUCCAAGCAGUCGGUGACUCAUCGACACCGAUCCAGAGCACGACGAGUCCAAACGCUGUCACUGUAGAAAAAACUGGUUGUGCGAUAUUCAGAAAGGGUUUGGUUGAUUAUGAAGGUGAUUCGGACGAAGAAGAGGAAGAUUCCGAGCUGAACCCGACCCCAAAACGGCAGCGACUAUCAUAGUCGAACGGUGUGAAAUUUAUGGGACAAUCACCGUGACGAGGAAUUGCGUUGCUAAGUCCUCCCACCCGCCGAUACUUCAACUCCUGUAAUGACUACAUACCACCUGCGGCCCAACCAGUUUUGUGUGGCUGACUAAUUCUACGAUUCACCAACUACACCCAUAAGGAGGUUGAGGAAAAACGAAAUAAACUACCAAAUGACAGGGGAAUGCUUUUUUUUAAAAGUACGGUGUGUGGUAGAUGCUUCAACGUCACCUGAACCGACUAACAACAUACCUGACUUCACAUGGUGAAACAAAACGAAAUUUAAACAGAAGAAAAAUCACAUUCAAUGCGGUGAAGCUACCAAUAAGCUAACAAUAACGAAUAAAAACAUGCAUAGGAGUAUACUUACUUGAUAGCAAAAGAACGUUCCCCAGGCAGAAACAUCUGGGAGCCUACCAUUAGUCUCAACACGUGCUAUACAUGAAUUAUGACGCCAGAGGCUAAUUUUACAAUCUGUGCUUGAUAGCAUCGUCAUCGUUUUGCCUUACCAUUUACAUAGUGUUGUGGAAAAGACCAUGUCUCCGAAAUACGAAGCGGAACUAGGUACGUUAUUCAUUUCAUAUGUCCGAGUGAUCAACGCCUCUGGCCUCGGUCUCUGCCCCCCGCCCCACCCAGACCAGUUUACGACGGUUCGCGUCAGAAUACUGUACAGAGAAAGAAAUACAAACAUUAUGGGAGAAGAACGUGUUUCGGGCCCAGCGAUUCAUCGUAUGGAAUAUUUCGGAAUUAGGUAAUUCUCAAAACUUCAUGAUUGUACCGUUCCAUGCUUACCGCGGCUUACGCGAGCGUACAUGACGUACGCUCGCUGAACUUUGAUGCCGCGCUCCUCUUCUGUGUCAACCUUGGGUAAUUUCGAGAAAAGAUGCGGCCAACAAAACAUGACACUUACCACCUACGCCCGGUAUGUUAUAUCAUGGAAGGAAGACUAGAACGGAAUGACAUAAUUGAUAAACGUCACUCUUCAAAUUGGAUUCUUAGCUUUUUAAAAAAAAUACAUCAGCUUCAAACAGCUCCGAAAUGCCUGCUUUAUGGACAGAAAGAGUGUUUCAAGUAUUUGUAGUUACUAUUCUACUUGCUAUUGGCGAGAAUUGUGAGUCAAGCCAUCGAAAAAUUACAACAUUUUAUCAAAAAGCCCAUACGGUACAGUUGGUUUUUUCGAUUUGCCUCCACGUAAUUCAUUAUCAACAGAUAGUUAAGCCUUAACAUUUUGACUUGUAACCCUUUCUUUUGGUUGCAUUUAUCUCCGAAUUUUUUUUUUUUGCCCUAUUUAACAACCAAGGAAUUCUGAAUAGCGUUGUAGUUAUUCCCAUCCCAUUCAUGUUUAUAUUCAGCUGCAUCAAAUUAAAGAAAUUUCCAAAAUCAAAGACUCAAUCUUCAUUUUCAGAGAUAAUGGUAGUUCUAUUAUUCCUAAUGUUGCUGUUAUUGUUAUUAUUGUUGUUGUUGUUGUUGAUGUUGUCCUUAUUCGUAUUCCUAUUCGAUUAUCGUCAUCAUACCAACUACUACCAUCACUACUCUGAUGACAGUUAAUGCUUUUAUUAUUCUCACAAUUUUGGGCAAAAAUCGAUAGGCGGAGAAGCUAAGCUGUAAAUAGAUAUUUGAAAAUAAAGUCCACGCCACCUACACUGAUAACAGAAAGUGUAACAACAUUCAAUAACGAUUAAUCAAUUAGUUGAUCAUAACAAAUUCUUAUAACACAUUCGCGUAAUGUUGUUUCCUGUGUGUUUUACUGUAUUAAUAUUUUAUCAAUUUGAUACUAAGGAUAAGCAUGUUAGAGUUGAACGUACAGAACAUUAGAUAACUAUGUUGGGUACGAAGAGUGUAAGUAAAAAUUAAAUAGGUAAUGUUAAAGUUAGAUAAUUAAGUAAGUAACUGAGUAGGUCAGAAAGUAAAUAAAAAAAAUUUAUUAAAACUACAGUAGAGUACUACUGUGGGUCUAUUGGACAUCUAUACACGUGUAAAUACGUGAAUGUAAGUCUUCUGUGAAGUGUUUUAGACUUUAUCAUUUGUAUGAAAACAUAUUGAGAAAGCAAGUGUGAAGAUAUGAAGGGCGUCUUCGUAUUGUAAUUUCCAAUGCAGUUGCGAGAGAAAGAAUAAAGGAAGGAGAAGCGUCAAGGAGCAAUUGGAGCAUUGUCGAUUAGUUUUGACCAGAUAAUAGAUUGAUCUCUCGAUAUGAUCGUAGUUACCCAGCAAAAGAGAGAUUCUGGAACAAUGAUUUCUAAAUUUUAUAGAAUUCAGUCUUCUGAAGACAUCGAUAGAAUGUUGAUAAAUUCUGGAAUAAUGUGUGCAAAUGAAAUUGAAGGAAUACAAACAAGCUAUAAAUAUAAUAUCUGAGAUAUAAAUAACCGGUGCAACUAUACUAGUGUAUUAUUAUUUAAAGGAAUAAAAAAAGCAGAACAUAACGAUGAUGAUCAUGGUAAUAAUUUUAAUAAUUAUGAUUAUGAUUUGAAAAAAAAAAAACAAUAACAACAGUAGUAAUAAUAACAACUAUUUGUAGUCGAUGGAACAAGACGAAAUACAAAUGGAAUUCGGUUCACAACUGCACUGAUAUACGACUCGGUGGUUUUCACAAUAUAAAAUAUCACACCUGUCUAUAAUUAUGCGUUCUAGUAUAGCGUAAAAGUUUUCCUUCUAUGGUGAAAGAAAAAAACCAAUAAAUACAUAAUUAGAUAAAUAAAAACAA